AUGGGCGGUACUAUUGCAACUGUCUCGCACACUGCGGCUCUAAGAACCGGCCCUCUUCAUGAGAUCGCCAGGCAGUCUGACCCGGCAUCCAUUGGGACCCGUAGCACCGGUCAUUUGGUAGCCUCCCUGGCCAUAUCCGCACGUUCCGCUCAUGCUGUUCCUGUAUGGGACCGUGACAGUAUGAGACCGCCACACACUUCUCAACCCUCUGUAGGCCCCGUCAUCCUAUCCGCCAUAGAUGCUCACAAUAUCCAAGCUGGCACGACGUUGGGCCAAGACCCGGCAGCUUCUGCAGGCCCCGUAAUGCCCUCCGCCACAUACGCUCGCGAAACCGAAGCUGGCACGUUGUUCGGCCAAGGCCCGGAAGCCUCUGCAGGCCCCGUAAUGCCAUCUGCCGCAGACCCUCACGGAACCGAAGCCAGUGCGUCGUUCAGCCAAGACCCUGCAGCCCUUCCUGUCAAUGACGUUGACCCGGACAGCAGGCGUGUACUGCCACUCCCAGCAAUCUCAGUGAGAAAGGAUAUACCUCCAUACGUUAUGCAGCACACAUAA